AUGGUGCCCAGCCUUCAGAUUGAUCAGAUUGUCCAGAUCUGGGCCCUGGGCAGUAUUAGACUCAUAUUUCGGCUUGUAUGGCCCGUGCUCAAAGAGAUCAAGACCUGUGUGCAUUUGGCCGAGCAGCAGCGGCGAAGAGAAACAUGGCAGCGAGAGCCGAAGCAGCGGGAGGCACAGAAGCAAGAGGCGGAGCUGCGGAAGAGCACAGCACGUGAGGAGUCCAAAAGGUCAGCAAAGACACAGUCGACAACCACGUCUCAGAACGAAGGAGGCCAACAUCGGCAUUACAAAACGCCUUCCUCAUGUCAACAUAUGAGGUGGUGGAAUCGCAAAUUCCAUCAAAGAGCUUUUUUACAGUAUGAGGGAGAGGAGAGUACUUCGUUACAGCAUUGCAUUAUGUCUGCUGUCUCUUGCUGCGCUCCGCAGCAGGCGGGAAGACUAGUCCGAGCUGCUGCCUGCCGUCCGUCUUCGAACCUCCCCCACUUCUUCGGCGCAUUCAUUGAUACUCUUGCAAGAUCUUCGCAAUAUUCUCAGCUCAUUUUGAAAUGCUUGACCCCUUUCGGAAUUAUCGGUGUUGUUGUCGUGGCCGGCCAGAUCAUCUCGACCGUCGCCAAUUUCGGGCUGGACUGGAAACACGCCCCAGCUGAUACCAAGUCCCUCCUGGUUGCGGUUGGGGCUCUGAAAACGGUGCUUUCCGAGACGAAUAUGAAUAUGCUUCUCAACGAUGACUUUAAGGAUGUCUUCCACGGUCGGCAUUCCACGCUCCUUUCGCAGCUUGGAGAUACCGUGCCGGUCACAGACACCAGCAUGCUGGUAUCAGCAUGCAAGAAAGAGCUAGAGAUCCUCCUCGAGGACUUGCAGAAGCGAGUCCAGGGUCAUCGAAUUGGCUGGAAAAGGAUGAAAGGAGCAUUCCUAGCGAAGAAGACUAAAGAAGCGGUCCAAAACCUUCAUCGACAAUGUCAAACCUUGAACACAUUGAUGGAUAUGGAUGCCCUUGCAAUCGGUGUAUCUAGACGGCCCGAAAUACUGCAAUCCGGACGGACAUUGCUAGAAAAAUGCCGUGAGGAGAUUAGGAAUGAGAUCACGGAGGUUUCUGAUGGAAUGAAUGACCUGGCGAAGAAGGUUCUCUCAUGGAUCACGUGUGCAAAAAGACAACUCACAACGUCGGAAAUCCAACAUGCACUGGCUAUACAAGAGGGUGACUCUGAACUUGAAGAAGAGGGUAUCCCAUCGGUCGAGGACGUGGUCUCCGUUUGUGUUGGAUUGGUUGAAACCGACGAAGAGAGCAGCAUCAUCCGAUUAGUUCAUCGCACAGCGCAAGAGUACUUCCAGCGGAUUUUUCCAAAUGUGGAGACCGACAUCGCUAAAGUCUGCCUUACCUAUCUUUCAUUUGACAACUUUAGGAACGGAUUCUGUCUGACAGGGCAAGACAUACGAGACCAGCAGCUGUUGGAUCCGUUCUUCGAAUACGUCGCACAAAAUUGGGUCCUCCACGCUCGCUCCGCCUCACCUGACGUACAUCCGCUUAUUUCUACUUUUUUGUCAUCUGGGUCAAAGGUUCCAAGUAGUUGUCUGCUCUGGGCGGUGAAGAACCAGCAAGAGCUCAUCGCAGAAUGGCUGUUAGAACGACGCGUCGACACGAAUAUCCGCGACGCCGAUUGGGAGACCCCAUUGCAUCAUGCUGUUAUUCACGGCUGGACAAGAUGUGUUCAGCUCCUCCUAAGCUAUGAAGCGACCCAACUGUCAAAUAUGACCACGGACAUCAACAACAUGACCCCCAUUCACUACACUGUCGCAAAAGCAAACGAAGAAAUUGCGCAGGUCUUCCUCGAUGCUGGAGUAUCAGUCGACAGUCUAGUGAAAAGGAGGAUCUGGCUGGCGACAUGCCAAGAUGGCAAGCUCACCUAUGCACCAAAUAGCAAUCUACAUUGCUCCCAGGGUGGGUUCAACGCUCCGCAAGGGCUCACAGCUUUGCACUAUGCGGCCUUGACAGGGAGUGCUCAGAUGACAAGAUAUUUCCUCGACCACGGUGCCAACCCAAAUGCGGUCUCCGAGUGCGGCGAAACGCCUCUGCAUCUCGCAGUUAGGCAAGACAUCUACGAUUGGAAGCGGCCCUUUGGCAAACGAGACCGUUAG